AUGGCAGGAUUGGCAGAGAAGAUGCUUGAAUACGUAUUCGGAACGCCGACGUUGAUUGCCGCGGGAGGAUUGGAGCAGAACUGGACAGAGCAAGAGCGGUUUUCCUCGAGUCAACACAAAUUAUUUCAGCCUCACUCCAAUCCAGUACUAGGUGCACUGGACGAUCUCGAGCAACGAAUUUCAGCCAAACGACGAGUUGUCUCCUUUCUGUGGCUCUGGGUAAAUACUCUAGGAAUCCACUAUUUUCUUGAUCCUGCAGCAAAUGCCUUUGUUGAGGAGUUAUAUUGCCAUGUACUGGAGGAUAACCGUAGCUUACCAGGUUUGGGUCCGAUAAUUGUUCGACUGACAGCUUUACGUGACUUGCGAGAGGAGGCACGCCGUACCUUAGCCCGACAUCCAGCAGUUGUUCUUGAAUGCGGGGUGCUCUCCACAAUGGCACCAGCACCAAGUCCUGUUUUGCCCAGCGACAUCUGCAAUCAGAUCAUCCAUCUCUCGGAUACCACAUCUUUUGCACUUCCUAUACGGAUGGAUAAGACGGCGACGGAGAUCUGUGAACUGGCCCGAAACCGCCUUCGUAGCUCACAUCACGACGAAUUGGCUUUGGUUGAAGUGAAAAGCAGCGGAGGCGAGUUUUAUUCAUGCUGCUUUGAUCAGGAGUGCCACCGGGCAAGGGAAGGGUGGUUGGGAAUUAUCGAAAAAGUUGUUUUCUAUGACGGCGAUGUGAGCAUUCCGACGAUGUUGUCCAUUGAAGUAGCACACUGUACGGUCGUGACAAAGAUGAAAUAUGACUGGCCUUGGUGCGUCCCUCAACUCGACCAAAACGGUCCACUCGAGUCCGUUCAUGCUUCUGUAAUGGAGUACGUCAGUAGCCAUGAGCUGGCGCAGCAGCUUCUCGUGUUACAUACCCAGCUAUUUGAGGUGACGCAAUUUACUUUUUCGUAA